CACUUCCUAAUGCUUUUCACUGGUUGUAUGGCGAUUCCUUUUAUAUUUGCUCCUGCACUGUGUAUUGAGGACAACCUAUUAGUUCAAUGUUACCUAAUCAGCACGGUGUUGUUUGUUUCUGGUAUUGCAACACUUAUCCAGACAACAUUUGGUGUUAGAUUGCCCAUUGCUCAAGGAGGGUCAUUUACUUUCAUAAUUCCGGCUUUAGCUAUUUGUAAACUUCACGGAGAUUGUCCAGUAUACAAAAACGAAACCGAUCUUGUGUCAAAUACUCCUGAAUGGAAGACACGGCUCUUAGAGAUUCAGGGAGCGAUUCUGGCGGCUUCGUUCAUUCAGAUGUUUCUCGGAUUCUUUGGUUUAAUUGGUCUUCUGCAGAGGUUUAUCACACCCAUUGUCAUUACACCAACCAUUGCCCUUAUUGGACUGUCCUUGUUCGAAAGCGCAUCUGAGACGGCUGGGUUACAUUGGGGUGUAUCCGCGGCGACUAUGGUUAGCAUCGUUGUAUUUUCGCAAUACUUAAGACAUCUUGAAGUUCCAUUUCACUGUAAACAAGGCUCUAAUACACGCUUUCCAUUAUUCAAACUUUUUCCAGUAUUAUUUGGUAUUAUUUUUGGUUGGAUUGUUUCAUUUAUUCUCACGGUCGCCGGAGGUCUUCCAGACGAUCCUGAACGUUAUGGCUACGCGGCGAGAACCGAUGUUCGCUUAAAUGUUCUGUCAGAGUCCCCUUGGUUUCGGAUACCAUACCCUUGCCAAUGGGGUAUUCCGAAGGUCACUAUUGCAGGUUUUAUCGGCAUGACAAUUGCUGUAUUCAACUCUAUCAUUGAAUCUGUUGGCGAUUACUAUGCGUGCGCAAGGCUUUCUGGAGCACCUCCUGUACCCAGCCACGCUAUGAAUCGCGGGAUUAGCAUGGAAGGACUCGGUUGUUUUAUUGAUGGCCUCAUUGGCAGUGGAUGCGGUACUACGUCAUACAGUCAAAAUAUAGGAGCAAUUGGGAUAACGAAGGUUGCCAGCCGUUCUGUUACCCAGCUUGCUGCUGCUGUUAUGAUGAUUUUAGCUAUCUUUGGUAAAUUUGGCGCGAUAUUUGUCUGUAUUCCAAGCCCUGUUAUUGGUGCAGCAAUAUGCAUCUUGUUUAGCAUGAUUGUUGGUGCCGGUCUUUCAAACCUUCAAUUUAUCGACACCGAUUCUUCCAGAAAUAAUUUCAUCAUCGGAGUUUCAAUCUUUAUGGGACUAGCUCUACCGAACUGGUUAUCGAAGAACUAUGAUCUCAUAGAUACAGGUGUUGUUGAGCUUGACCAAGCUUUUAAGAUUCUUCUUUCGACUAAUAUGUUUGUUGGCGGAGUCAUUGCUCUCAUUCUUGAUAAUACUGUUCCGGGAACGUUUACGGAGCGUGGGGUCGAUACGUGGCAACGGGGACAAACGAUCGAUACAGAUACUACAGUUUCCUUGUACGACUGUUAUGACUUACCACUUGGAAUGUCCUAUAUUCGGCGAUCAACACUAUGGCGUUAUCUACCAUUUAGUCCAACGUUUAAGGGGUAUAAAUCUGCUUAGUUUUAUCAAAUGCUGGUCGGUGAUAUAAAUUUAGUGAGAAAAUGUAAACACGGUUUGUAAUUCAUGCAGCGUAAUAUCUAUCAGAAUAUGUUGUAUCUUUGGUAUGGAUUCCACUAAAAUAUAAUUUUACUAGUAUAAUUUUAUUAUCAACACACAGAAGUUUCUAUAUUGUAGUUUCAUAUCCAUAUUAUGAAGGCCAGUCUGCGGCGUUUGUCGACCAUAUUUAAAUCAUCACCAUCGUAAUUUCUGUGUUAUCAUUAUUUAAGCAGGUCCUUGUAAGUUGUUCACAGAUUUCUCCAUUCAAUUGAUCUUCAUUAGCGCCCUAUCGGCGGUUCAGGGUUUUGCUAUAAUAAUAGAAAUAAUCCGCACCAUAAGAGAGAAUCCAAAUAUUAAUCAAUUAUAAUCCUGUUUAAUGACUGUAUCUAUUUGUAUAACUUGAUAAACGUGACUAAUUGUGGCUGAACGUUUGAGUUUACACAGGUGAAGCAUUACACAGAAAAGUUAAAUUAAUUAGAUACGAAACUGUACUUCCUUCCUUCACAGGGACGUAUCCAGGG